AUGCAUGUCUGUCUCCUACCCACAGAAAUUUUAUUCCACAUAUUCACUAUCCGCAACAAUGAGAGUUUCAGAGAUUUUUUAGUUCAACUUGCUGUUCUUGCAAGGACCUGUAGGAAAUUCAAGGAGCCUGCCCUUGAUAUUCUUUGGAAAGACAUAAUCGGGUUUAAGCCACUCAUCUUGUGCCUGCCUGAAGGCGUGGUUAACACAGACAGGAGGGGAAACUUGACGCUCCAAAGGCCUUUCCUAGCUGGAGAAUGGAACCUGAUUGAUCAAUAUGCACCACGUGUUCACUCCUUUACGGUCACCAGCCGUCAGUUAGGCAUGAUAGACAAUCAUUUCAUGCAAAUGCUCAUGUCUGCCCCAUCACCCAUGUCCCUCUUCCCAAACCUUCGUGAUUUGUAUUGGUAUGACAACCGAGAACGCUUCUUUCCGCUCUUGCGCACUUUCCUCGGGUCAACGAUCACAUUAAUGAAGCUGGGCUUUGCAUCAGAAUCCCCCUCGUCUGCCCAACCUGCGUUGUUAGCUUCCCUCGCAAGUCGAUGUCCAUCCAUUCGGGAACUCACCUUAUGUGUUGGUCAUUCUGCAGAAAGUUUAGAUGCAACCUGUCAAGCUCUAUCUGGCUUGCGGGAGCUUUGCCAUCUUUACACAGGGGUCCUCAGUCGACGAGAGUUUCCUUCGCCUGGCUUCUUUACCGUCCCUUAA